AUGUCUUCAGCAACGUCUUUCCGCCAAUUGAUUGGAAUGCAGCCAUCGACAGCCAGCGUGGCCGACAGCACUCUCAUCAUCAUCGACGCUCAGAACGAGUACGCCGAGGGCAAAUUGAAGUGCUCCAACACGCCUUCCUCUCGCAAGGUCAUCGCCUCGCUCCUGCAAAAGUAUCGCGAGGGCAACGGAAAGGUCGUCCACGUGGUCCACGACACUCCUGAUGGCGCACCUGUCUUCACACCAGGCACCAAGCUCGCCGAAGAGUUCGAUGAGCUUGCGCCAAAGGAUGGAGAGAAGGUCAUCCACAAGAACUACCCCAGCUCUUUCGCAGGCACCGACCUCCACAAGCACCUAGGCGGCGGCAAGAUCGUGCUCACUGGAUACAUGGUAUGUUUGGUUACAGUCACCAUCUUUCUGAACGUGUUUCUGACAGGUGCANNGGCGCACGUUUGUGUGUCGACGACGGCCAGACAGGGAGCGGAGCUGGGCUACGACGUGGUUUGCGUCGAGGAUGCGAUUGGCGACAGGUCGAUUCCUGGAGUCGAGGCCGAGGAGUUGACCAAGACGGCGCUCAACGAGAUUGCCGAUGCAUUUGGCACCGUCAUCCAGAGCAGCGAGAUCAAGUAA